ACGACGCGCUAUAAAUAGCCUGGGGGCGCGCGCGCGCCGCUCAUUGACAUCGGGAUGGAGGCGGAGGGCUCCAGGCGCGAGGAGGUGCGCGAGCAGUCGCGAACCUUGCAGGGCUUUCUCCGAGUCCGCCCGUUCAGCAGAGAGGAGCUGCAGAGAGGAGAAGACCAGGGCUGUCUGGAGCUGGCUGGACCCUCUGUGCUCCUUUCUCUCCCCAAAGCUGGCGUCACCUCCCUGCAGAAGUUCACAUUCACACAGGUGUUGGGGCCGGCCUGCUCCCAGCUGGACGCGUUUGAGGCGACGGUGCGUGCGCCCGUCUGUGCGUGCGUGCGGGGCGACAGUGCCCUGGUGUUCACCUACGGCGUCACCAGCUCGGGAAAGACGCACACGCUCAUGGGCUCCACGCGCGAGCCGGGCCUCCUUCCCCGCGCCCUGGGCCUCCUCUUCGGCCUGCUCGGCGACCGCCAGUACCGGCGCUGGGACCUGCGGCCGCUCCGGCACGGCGAGGUGCAGCGACUGGAGCCCGACGAGGUGGAGGCCGAGCGCCGGAUCCGAGCGCAGCUGCUCGCCACCGAGGAGGACGGAGCUCCGGUGCGAGGCGUGAGGAGGUCCCGGAGCGCCCCCUGUCUCGCGCUGCUCCACGACGGCGACUUCACCGCGUCGCCCAUCCUCCCCAUACUGGAGUCGACGAGCCUCUCUCAGCACCUGGGAGAGGAGAUGGGGCGACAGCCGGACAGAGAGAUGGGGCCACAGCCGGACAGAGAGAUGGAUGGACAGCCGGACAGAGAGAUGGAUGGACAGCCGGAAGGGAACCAGCUGUUCUCGGUGUGGGUGUCGUUUGUGGAGAUUUACAACGAGUCUAUGCGGGAUCUGCUGGUGCAGGAAGAGGCCGGCACCGCCAGCCAGCCCAACCGCGCCACCACCCUCCGCCUCGGAGAGGACUCCAACGGCCACCCCUACCUAAAAGACGUGCGCUGGGUGGGAGUGAGCACUGCUGGCCAGGCCCUCUGCUUGCUGGCGCGAGGGCGCAGGCAGCAGAGCGUGGCUCAGACGCGGCUCAACCAAACCUCGAGCCGCAGCCACAGCAUCUUCACCGUGCGGCUGCUACGCGUCCAGGACGAGGGAGGGAGCAGCCUGGUGUCGAGCAGCGAGCUCACCCUGUGCGACCUCGCCGGCUCGGAGCGCUCCAACAAGACGCAGGCCACGGGCCAGAGGCUCAAGGAGGCCAACAACAUCAACGGCUCCCUGCUCACGUUGGGCCGCUGCCUGCAGGCCCUGAGGGCCAACCAGGAGGCCAGGGCGGGCGACGGCGGUGGCGGCGGCGGCGGCGGCGGCGGCGGCGGCCCCAGGGCGCCGGUCCCCUUCCGGGAGAGCCGCCUGACGCGCCUCUUCCAGGCGGCGCUGCUGGGCGGCGCUCGCGUCCUCAUGGUGGCGUGCGCCAACCCCUGUGCCUCCACCCUGCACGAGACGGCACACACCCUCGCCUUCGCCGCUCUCGCCCAGCAGGUGGUGAGCGUUGCGAGCCAGGAACCCAUCAGCAUGAGGGUCAGGGGGUCGGUGCGGGGAGGCUCAGCGGGAGGAGGAGCAGCAGAACGAGGAGGUCUCCCCAGCAACAGCGGUGACGACAAUGAGGAGGAGGAUGAGGAGGUUGACUUGUCGUCGGACGAUGAGAUCGAUGUUGAGGCCCUGGUGGGGCUGGUGUCGCGCCUCCGCGGGCGCGUGGUGGCGGAGAGGGCGGCCCGCGAUCGCGCCGAGCGGCAGGCGCGAGAGGAGGUUGCGCGAGACGCCAUGACGCACCUGCGCCAGGUGGAGGCGCUGUGGAGCCAACGGCUGGAGGCCGAGCGGCAGGCGUCUGAGGAGCGCUGGGAGGAGCGUCUGCGGCUCUACACGGACGCCAUGCGGCGGUUUGCGUGCCGGAGUGCGGCGACGGCGCUGGCGCUGCCCGACCCCGGCUACUGCGACGGGAGAGAGGAGCAGUACAGCGGCGUGGAGCCAGAGAGCCUGGAGGAGGCCCGGAAGGUGAUCGGGCAACUGCGGCGUGAGAACGCGCGGCUGGCGGGCCUGCUGCAGGGAGGGACUGGGCACCCGCUGGGCCCCGUUGCGGUCCCUCCGUCGUCGUCCCUGCCACCGCCGCGCUGGGCCGGUGGGGGAGCCGCCCCCCUGCUGGGCCCCCUGCUGGGCCCCAUCCACGAGCUUCUGUGCCCCUCGCAGGAGGGGGAGGAGCGGCAGGAGGGGGGCCCUCGCACUGCCGAGUCGGGAGGGCCCCCGUGGGCCGUCGCCCAUGGGGGCCCUGGGGGCGGUGACGCUCCACCUGAGGCCGUCGCCUCACAAACAAGCGAGCCGGACUCCUGCUGACGAGACGCCGCCGAAUGUGGAAUUCGGUUCCCCAACCCCCUUCCCGGACGUUCGCGAGGGGUCUGGGCCGUGACGGCACUUUUUUUUUUAUAGGUUAUAGGGGUGGUGGGGUCGGUUAAGGUUCGAUGGAGUUUGAUAUUUUAAACGAUUCCUUUUAGCGAGAUGUUACCGCCAAGUAUUCUCGUGGUUGAAUUAAAGUUUGAUUCGCGUGUUUUUUUAA